AUGGCCGACACACACGACUCACAGCCCACUAUAAACAAAAACAAGCGCUAUAGAAAACCAAAAGACUGGGAUCAUGAUGGUAUCGAGCAUUGGAAAGUUGAUGCCUUCACUCCCGACGACAACAAAGCUGGUUCUUUCGCAGAGGAGAGUUCUUUCGCUACUCUCUUCCCCAAAUACCGCGAGAAAUAUCUACGUGAAGUGUGGCCGCAUGUAACGCGUGCACUAGAAAAGCACAAAAUUGGCUGUGUAUUGGAUAUGGUUGAAGGUAGCAUGACUGUCAAAACGACGCGCAAAACCUACGAUCCAUACAUGAUUCUCAAAGCGCGUGACUUGAUUAAGCUCCUCUCACGUUCUGUUCCUUUCAACCAGGCUGUGCGCAUUCUAGAGGAUGAGUACGCGGCUGAUAUCAUCAAGAUUGGCGGCAUGGUUCGCAAUAAAGACCGCUUCGUCAAACGGCGUCAACGUAUUAUUGGUCCUAAUGGCAACACUUUAAAGGCUGUUGAGCUGCUCACUGAGUGCUAUGUACUCGUACAGGGUAAUACCGUCUCUGCAAUGGGUCCCUACCGUGGAUUGAAAAAUGUUCGCAGAAUUAUCAUUGACUGCAUGCACAAUAUUCACCCUAUCUACCACAUCAAAGAGCUUAUGAUCAAGAGACAGCUUGCACAAGAUCCCAACCUUGUAGAAGAGAAUUGGAGUAGGUUCCUCCCUCAAUUCAAAAAGAGGAAUCAGAAAACCAGCGAGAAGACAGCUGCUAAGAAUCGCAGAAUUGACCACAGAGCUGAGGCUAGAGGUGUCGAUGCUGACACUCUCCGCCACGAGGAUGAUGAUAAGCUCCGUCAGAAGGAGCACAUUAACGCUGAUAAGCAGAAGGUCUACACACCCUUCCCGCCACCUCAACAACCUCGUAAGAUCGACUUGCAGAUUGAAUCGGGUGAGUACUUCCUCAAACCCUACGAGAAAAAGAGGAAGGAGAAGGAUGAACGUAAGCACUCUCAAGAGGAGAACAGUAAAAAGAGAAAGGCUGAAAGAGGAAAUGAUCUCGUCGCUCCUGAUGAACGCACCCCAGAGCAAAAAGAAAUGGAUGACAGAAAACAGCGCAAACGUGACAAGAAGAGGAAGAUGGAAGCAGGAGCAGGCGAGGAGUAG